AUGGAUAAGGAUGAACGUGCAAAGUACAUGGCCUAUCGAAAAGAAAAAUUGAGCUGCUAUGCACGUCUCGCGGCCACUAUUAUGCUUGCUCGAGAGUUUGUAGACCAGAGUAAAGAUUUCAGAUGUACAGUUAACAGAUCUACCUUUAAUCCACUGCGUAAGUCACAUAUGAAUGCGCUUUCAGUUGAAAUGGAUAAGGAUGAACGUGCAAAGUACAUGGCCUAUCGAAAAGAAAAAUUGAGCUGCUACAAUCCCGAGAAAGCAUCUAGAGGCCUGAAAAUGGAUCAAGUUUUGGAUUGGUUGGAUGAAGAGACUAAUGAAUAAAGUACAAUUUUAAUAUGUGCAUGUGCUUAUGAUUUUAUAUUAGAUCACAUCUAGUGGCACAUCUGGUUCUCCGUCAGACUAGACAGUUCUCUCUUUCGCCAUCCACCAAUCGGUAAUAGGACAAUCGAGAUUGACUAGACCACGAGCUACUUGAGCCUCGUGGUCUGUGAUAUCAAUUUCAGAUACCGGGUUGUUUAAUCCACUGAACCCUAGAUAGUUACGAAGCUCCUCCAUAUUUCGCUCGAUAGGAUUGCGUUCUCAAGCUAUAUCUCUGUCUGCCUGGCCUCUCUCCAUACUGAAGGCAAAGUGCCCGACUUGCUUCUUUCUGGGAGUACAUACACAUAUACCCAGCUUUUCUAAAAUGCAGGAGACUCUAAAUAAAGUGCGAAAUGUAUGUAUUUAAUUCUGACCUCAACUUUGGUUUUAUACCUGAGGUGUUUGUGCUAGUGUUCAGCCGCUUGUGUUUGCCAGGGUAAAAAUUCAUAUGGUCAGUAUGAGAACCCUUAUGGAGAACACUUUAACACUUCGAUGCUAUUCUAUUUCAACUACUCAGACC